GCAAUAUUCGUAAUUUUGACAUUGUGUGAGACGGUUGUGUCGCGCGGCUGAUUAAAACCAAACCGGACAAACAAAAAAUAACGGAAAAUACGAAACACGGCAUAUUAUUAAACAAUAAAUUAAAAUAAAAACAAAAGAAAGCUAUUGAUUGCAUUUAUUAAAUUACAAUAACAAUUUGGAAAAUAAAAGCUUCAAAUAUUAUUUUCAAAGAAGAUUGAAUUAAAAUCGUGAUCCUUUGGAAAUUAAGGGUGUGUUUUGCUAGUUAUCCCACGGUUACUAUCAUCGCUCGCCGUCGUUGUGUAUCACCAUCAACUCACCAACUGACAAACCUAACCCAGCCCAACAAAAAGGAAUAGCCCACGACAAAAGCAGAGGCAGCAUCUAUUUAUCUACACAACGAAAAAGAAGCUUUAAUAAUAGCCACUUUUCAAAAGUGAAGUGAAUUAACUGACAAAAACAUCAACAUCGCAAAAGGGCAGUGAUAUAUUUUUUAAAAAGUUUCUGUGAUUUUGAAUAGCUUAACAAAAUGUCGGUUUCCUCGAAUGCUUCAUCUGCCUCGUCCGUAUCGGGCGUUACCACCUCAAAUGGUCGUCGUUCUUCCCUGGGUCGCAACAGUGAAUCGGGCACCGGUUCCGGCACCGAUUCCUCGGAGCUGUCACACAUCUUGAAUCGUCGCCAGGUCAUUAUCGAUUCACAGGAGGCAGGCAUUGAGGUGCCACACACCUUCAAGGUGGUCAAUGUCUAUACCGAAUUUCAUGAAUUUUCACGCAAACAAAUCAAGGAAUACCAAAAAACCUUCAACACCUAUGACACCGGCCGUGAUGGCUAUUUGGAUUUAACCGAACUGAAAUAUAUGAUGGAGAAAUUGGGUGCCCCACAAACACAUUUGGGCCUCAAGGAAAUGAUCAAAGAAGUCGACGAAGAUAACGAUGGCAAGAUCUCGUUCCGGGAAUUCCUGUUGAUCUAUCGCAAAGCCCAGGCCGGUGAAUUGGACAAUGACUCGGGUCUGAAUCAAUUGGCUCGUUUGACUGAAAUCUCCGUCGAAGAAGUCGGUGUGAGUGGUGCGAAGAAUUUCUUUGAAGCCAAGAUUGAGCAGCAACUGCGUUCAAAUAAAUUCCAUGAUGAAAUCCGACAGGAACAAGAGGAACGCCGACGCCAAGAAGAAGAGAAAGCCAAUCGGCGUUUAUUGUUUCAACAGAGAGCUGCAAUUUUUCAAUAAAUUACAAAAUGUGGCAGGGGCGGGAUGAAUUGCAAUUGAAAGUGAAACACUAGGCUUGCUUUGAAAUGAAGAGAAAAACAAUUAUUUAAUGUCCCACACACACACACACACACACAGAUAUACAUUUAUAUACAGAUUUUUUAAGCUUUAAAGUUGUGGUAAUAUAUUUUUUAGGUUCUAGAUUUAUUUGUAUGAUUUUUGUUUGUGUACUUCUGUUUCCUUUCUCUUUGUUUUAUACUUUCUUUCGUGGUACACACAUACAUAUAUAUGUUAUAAUAUAGAAUUUAGCAAAACAAUUAGUUAUUAUUAAAGAACAAAAAUACAAAAAAAAUUGAUAGAUUGAUAUUCAUCAUCAGCACAUGUUUAGGGAACUUUAUUCGUCUCAUUCUCAGAAAAAAUAAUCAAAUCGAUUUUAUUUCUAAUUUUCUUAAGGCAUCACAUAAAUUCGAAACUAAUUGGUUUUGUCGUUUUAAUUUAAUAAUAACUAAAUAAAAUAUCAUAAUCAUAGACAUACCACAUAUUUAUCAUAUAAUGUGCUACAUAAUCAUACAAAAAAAAACAUACAUUUUAUAUACAUAACGCGCAAUAAAUCAUUGAUUGCACUGCAUUUGCAUUAAUAUACAAAAUAAAAACUUAUAUAAAUAUACUAUACAUAUAAAAUAAAAACUAUUUCCUAUAUAUAAAUAUUUUUUUCUAAACAAAAAAAACAAUAAUUAUAUAAAAUAUUAAUUGCAAAAACAAAUUAUAAAAGAAAUAAUAAUACUAACAAUUCAUACUUUUACAAAAAUGACUUGAAUAUGCUACAGCCUAAAAAUAUGCAAUUGUAAAGUGGAGAUACCGUCUAUAAUAUAGAUCUAUAAUAUAGAUCUUCUUUAUUUACCAAGUGCUUUUAUAAUGGGAAUACAUAUAUUGUGUUGAAAACCCUUGUAAUAUGCGCCGCAAAAAUGCUAUAAAAUAGAAGUACUUUUCUAAAAAAAAUCUUUUCUUAUUUCCGAUUCAUAAUGGAAAAAAAUAUUCAAACGGCUAACUCGUCUGGCUAUGCCGUAGCCUGGUCAAUUCUCCGCUGGCUUGUCGGAGUAACACUUAACACUUUGAUAUCGAAGUGAACUCUAAAAUAUCCAUCUUUUAAUACAGGGUCUCCCAAAUAUUUUUUCUGAAAAUACUAUAACAAAGAAGUAUUUUCCAUAGAAAUCUUUUCUUAUUUCUUAUCAAUAAUGGAAAAAAUAUUCAAAUACCUGACUUGGCUGGCCAUGCACUAGCCUACACGGCUGGUGCAAUUUUGAAGCCCAGCUGUAUUUCACCAAUGUCUUCACGAAUAUUGUCCUUUAAAGUGUCAAUUGUCUCUGGCUUGUCGGAGUAAUACUUAUCUUUGACGGCACCCCACAAGUCAUAGUCCAAGUGUGUAAAUUCCCAGCUUCAAGGUGGCCAACUGGCACCUGAUUUGUGGCUGAUAGUGCGAUCUUCAAAAACAUUGCGCCAAACAUCGAGUGUAGCUUCGGCUGUGUGGAAACAAAAUGUUGUCGAUAUCCUCCUUCUUCCAUUUUCGUGGACAAAAAAUCAUUAAAAAAUGUCCCAAUUAUGCCUCUGGACCAAAAUUCACACCAAAAUUCUGCGUGCGGGUUUUGUGCCCCAAAUGCGACAAUUUUGCUUGUUUACAUACGGAGGACAAGCAAAAUUGUUUUUUGGACAAAAAAUUAAUCAAAAAUGUCCAAAUUAUGCCUCUGGAAAAAAAUUCACACGACAAUUUUGUUUCUUUACAUACGGAGCUAACGUUGCUUUUCUUCUUCAAAUAUCCGUUUUCAAUUUUUUUAGGAGAUCGAAUCCUGGUAAUCGAACUAAGAGUGUCUAUAUUUUAGGCUGUACCACAUUUAAAAUCUAUAUUGUUCUUUAAAUUAUGUAGCAUUGUGUUAUUUUGUAAUUGUUUUUUUUUU